AUGGCUGGUUCACGGUUAUCCAUGUAUUCACUCGCGUCCGAGUCUCCCGGUGCCCCCGAGGAGCCGGACAGCAGUCUUCUCAGUGUAGUGGUCAACACGUGGCUCACCGCCGCCCAGGCGGGCCCUGACGGAAAAGUUGGAGGCACUGUCGACCGCAACCUCGCCGCUCGCGCUUGGGAACACGCUAGGCGCAGGGCCGAGGAUGGCUGCAUCAUUCUUGGCUUUGGACGCUAUCCAACCAUUCCUCCGCUGCGUGACGCCAUACAACCCCUCGACACCGCGCCAGGUCGCCUUGGGAGUUACUCUUACCCUGAACCUCACCGGCACCUCGCCGGUGCGAGCGUCUCCUUGUCCCAGGGAGGUAUCGACACAGCCAAGGGUCUCCUAAACAUCCCCGCAGAGGCCGGCUAUCGUGCCUUUGAUGUGUUCUACUACCUCCUCACCACCGCCUCGACGCCUGCGGAGCGAGAGUUCUUGGGUCUCAAGGCCGCCUCUAACUAUACGCUGCUUUCUCGCUCUGGAACCUAUAGCCCUCCAUCCUACCUUCCCACCGCCGACGACGCGGCCGCCGCCGAUGACUUCCGUGCCGCGCUCAAGGAGAUUGGGAUCAAGGGUUCCGCGCAUCGCAACCUUAUUUCUACGCUGGCGGGUUUGCUGAAGCUUGGCAACGUGCUUGACUACGGCCUCGAUUCUGACGAGUUGGAUGAUAUUAUCGAGGAUGUUAGCGGUCUCCUCGGCGUCGAGCCUGACGUUCUGGCUCGCCAAUGCUCAACCGAAGACCGCCAGACUUUUGUUGGCGGUCUUUACGAGGCCCUCGUGGAUUGGGUAAUCUCCAAGGCCAACGAAGCCAUCGCCGCUCAAAUGCUGACGCUCCGUGAUACGGCCUCGGUCGAUGGCCGGAUGCCCUCGCCUGCCAUCGCCGGUGACAGCGGCGACACCGUCUGCAUCACUGUCGUCGACAUCCCUGAUCCGACUCUUGGAAAGGCCAUCGCCAUGAGGAACAUCUUUGACGAUACCCAAGGCAUCAAUCAAGAGAUGAUCCAGGACGGCAUCGAGAUCGCGGGCGCUGGAUCCUCGGUCAUUCGAGAGAUGCAGAACGCGGUGACAGAGGCCGGCCCAGAUUUGGGCAUCAUGACCGGACCCGUCGGCCGGGACCGCCAUCACGAGCUGGAGAAGCGUGAAGUCAUCCUUGAAAAGGUUGCGCAUGCUGCUGAUAAUGAUGGCUUCCUUAAGAAGCUUCUCUUCCCCGUCGCUGGCGAGGGCAUUAACCUCGGCCGCGCUGGCCGGAUCGAUCUCGCGGCUCUUCUCUCUGCCAGCCGAUCUUGGUUCCACCUCUCGGUUCACCCAACCGAUGACUCCCCUCUGCUCCGUGCCUGGCGCCUGCCGGAGUGGGCUAACCGUCGCAACCGUCAUCUCGAUUUCACCGCCGAUUUCGACAUUGAGGAGUUUGUCCAAAGGUUCUCGGCUCUCGGUUGCAAGGAGGGCCGUGAAGGCAUCGAGACCUGGAUCCUUGAGCGCGGCUGGAGCAACGGCGAGGUUGUUGUUGGCAAGGAACGUGUCUGGAUUCGCGAGAAUGCUUGGUGGGAAGCUGAGAGCAUGCUUGACCUGAAGCCCAUGGGUGGCGUCAUACCCAUGCCCACCGCGAUGCCGAGCAAUCCGUUUGAAACCAGCUACUCCGCUGGGGGCAGCGGCUACUUCCCUGCGGGCCUUGACGGCUCCAUCAACAGCAGCCGGGACCAGCUUGUUGGCCACCAGCGAACAUUUAGCCAGGGCAACAUGAGCCAAAUCACGCUCAGCCAAAACAACCGCGCACCCUCGGGCGAUACGUACAAGGGCCAGGUCUACUACAAUAAUGAUGGCGAAUUCGUCGGCAACAUCGACCCGGAGCUUGCGGACGGCAAGAAGAUCGAGACUAGGCCUCAAACGACUCGUCGUCGCCUGUGGGUUGCCCUAGUGUGGGCCCUCACUUUCUGGAUACCGUCGCCCCUUCUCAGGUAUGUCGGUCGUAUGAGGCGCCCCGACGUCCGCAUGGCUUGGCGUGAAAAGGUGGUCCUGGUCUUCCUCAUCUUCCUCAUCAAUGCCUGCGUCGUCUUCUGGAUUAUCGGUUUCGGAAAAGUUCUGUGCCCCAACAAGGAAAAGGCCUGGAGCCGAGUCGACGUGUCAAACCACCCUGGCGGCGAUGACUUCUGGGUCAGUAUCCAUGGCAAGGUCUACGACAUCACCAAAUUCUGGAAACAGCAGCACAGCGAUAUCCCCAUCAAGACCACCCAGGACCGCAUGGAGCCCUUUGGCGGUCUGGAUCUGACGAUCUACUUCCCCAUCCCCUUUGCUAUCAGCUGCCGUGGUCUCGGCAUUGGUGAGAGGUUCGUGCUCCUCAACAAUGUGACGGCGGAGUACCCCGACGCCGUCCACAGCUCUGGCAAGUACACGCCUUACACCUCCUCUGAACUCGCCAACGAGGACUGGUACACUGCGCAAUUCCUCCCCAAGAUCAAGGAGUACUUCAAGGGAGACCUCGUCUGGGACCCCAAGGACGGCAACCAACUCUACUCUUUCCUCAAUUCAGACGUGACCGAUAUCGUCAAGCAGAACCCCGGCGGGGAUAUCACCGAGCUCUGGGAUGACCUUCUCCUCAAGUCUAAGAACACAGACGACGAAUCUGAGAUCGCCAACAGCAUGAACUGCAUCAAGAACCAUUUCUACCAAGGUAUUCCUGAUUUCCGACUCACCGCCCGGUGCCAGGUCAACGGCUACAUUCUGCUCGCCUUUACCAUCAUUAUUUGCAGCGUUAUCCUCGUCAAGUUCUUGGCUGCCCUGCAAUUCGGUUCGAAGAGACGUCCGGCUCCCCAAGAAAAGUUUGUCAUUUGCCAGGUUCCCGCGUAUACCGAAGGUGAAGAUUCUCUUCGCAAGGCUAUCGACUCGCUUACGGCCCUCCAGUACGACAACAAGAGGAAGCUCAUUUGCGUCAUUUGCGACGGCAUCAUCGUUGGUCAGGGCAAUGACAGGCCCACUCCCAAGAUUAUUCUUGACAUCCUCGGCCUCAACUACGGCAAGGUUUACUCUGGUCUCUACGAAUUCGAGGGCAACGUCGUCCCCUACCUCGUCGUUGUCAAGGUCGGCAAGGAGUCGGAGCAGUCUGGUGUCAAGCCCGGUAACCGUGGUAAGCGUGACUCGCAGAUUCUCCUCAUGAGCUUCCUCAACCGCGUCCACCACCGAUCCCCAAUGAACCCUCUUGAGCUGGAGAUGUUCCACCAGAUCAACAACGUCAUUGGCGUCGACCCUGAGCUUUACGAGUACCUCUUCAUGGUCGAUGCCGAUACUGCGGUCAGGGAAGACUCGCUCAACCGUCUCGUCGCCGCGUGUGCCAACGAUGCCAGGAUUGCUGGUAUCUGCGGUGAGACUGGCCUGCAAAACGAUGAAAAGUCUUGGUGGACCAUGAUUCAGGUUUACGAGUACUUCAUUUCCCAUCACUUGGCCAAGGCCUUCGAGUCGCUUUUCGGCAGUGUCACUUGUUUGCCCGGAUGUUUCUCCAUGUACCGCCUUCGCACCGUCGACAAGGGUAAGCCGCUCAUUAUCUCAGAUGAUGUUAUCAAGGACUAUGCCAUUUGCGACGUCGAUACUCUGCACAAGAAGAACCUUUUGUCUCUGGGUGAAGAUCGUUAUCUCACCACGCUCAUGACCAAGUACUUCCCCUACAUGACGUACAAGUUCAUUCCGGAUGCCUACUGCCAGACCGCCGCGCCUGAAUCGUGGAGCGUUCUUCUCUCGCAACGUCGUCGCUGGAUCAACUCGACCAUUCACAACCUCGUGGAAUUGCUCCUUCCCCUGUUCUCGAUUGUCAUGUUGGGUGCCGUCUACGGUCUUCAGGCGUUGAUCUUCAUCCUCAAGCGACAGUGGCAGCACAUUGGCUGGAUGAUCAUUUACAUCCUCGCGUUCCCCAUCUACUCAUUCGUCCUCCCCAUCUACUCGUUCUGGAACCAGGACAACUUCUCGUGGGGUAACACGCGUAUUGUCGUGGGUGAGAAGGGUGACAAGAAGAUCGUCGCUGUCGAUGACGUUGGCUUUGAUCCCCGCAGCAUCCCUCUUCAGCGCUGGGACGACUACGCUUUUGCCAACAACCUCCCCGGCCGCCGUGGUGGUCCCGCCGAGCGCGAGUACCUCGGCGAUGAGCAGUACGAGAUGGACGAGGUUAGGAGCGUCUACUCCUCGGCUCCUCAGGGUUCCCUCCACGCCGGCAUGGCCGGCCGCCCUGCCUUCAUGCCCCCGUCGCCCACCAAUCUCGGCGCCGCGCAGCGCCAGUCCAGCUUCCCCUACGGCGACAGCGCGCUGAACCGUCAGUCCAUGGCUUCUUUCGGAGGUGAUAUCUCGCGCCGCCCCUCGCCUUACCAAGAUGGUCGCGCUAGCGCCGCCAACUUCCGUAGCGGCAGCAACCUCUCGCCGGCCAUGGGCGUUGGUGUGAACCGCUCGUCGGCCGUCCUUGGUUACUCGGGCGGUACUCGCACUCCCUUGUCCGGAACCGACGCCAUGCGCUCCACCACGUCAUUCGACUUCCAGCGCGGCCAUGUUGGCCCCGAUGACGCCGUGGUCAUUGAAGCCAUUCAGAGCGUUCUCCGAGAGGUCGACCUCGACACCGUCACCAAGAAACAGGUCCGCGCUCUCGUAGAGCAAAGGCUUCAGACGGAGCUAUCGGGCGAGAGGAGAACGUUUAUGGAUAGGCAGAUUGACCAGGAGCUGGCCAACAUGUAA